AUGUCAACCUCCGGCAGUCCAGACACGCACAUCCAAAACAACAUCAAUGGACAGCUCUCAGCUGAGGCGCAAAGAUAUGAACUUGCCCAAGCCGCCACUCUCUCGUCCCGACUUGAAGCCUUCGGCAGCCGAAAGCCGAGCGACCACUCCAUUGUCAGCCACGCCUCAGUGAGCUCGCCGCCGAAGAAGAAAAAAAAUCGUAGAGUCGACGUCGACGUCGACGUCGACCUCAGCCUCGCCCUGCGCCCGCAGAACCCAUCUGAUGUAAUAUACUUUAAUCGCCCGGCUCCGCCUGAAAGACUACUUUUCCUAGAUCUUGAGGUUGACAUGCUGGAACAUACCACUCCCCCGCCACCUCCGUCAAACCUUGCGUCCAAAGCGCCGGCCACAAAUGGUACGACACCAAAGGCACAGACAGAAUCGAAUGUCGAGUGGACGGUAGAAGAAACCAUUAGCCGGUUGGAUGCCUGCCGACAAGACGUGAAGCGUGGCCACGCCCAGCUGACUGGCUACAUAUUGGAGUCUACCAAGGCGACUGAGCACAGAGUUCGGCAUGGAAAGGACCUUUUUGCGAACAUACGCACGCCUGUUAUGACGGAGAAGGGUACUGACACAAUUCGGAUCAGGUCCAAGCAACAUCUGAAAGGAAAGCGAGACCAGCGAGAUGCGCAUUAUACGCCGAUAUGUACAAAGACAAAUAAAGAGCGAGUACCGCCAUACCGAUUCCACCACGUCGAAAUCAAAAAGAACGUGCUCACUCCCAACACCAUGUUGACGUUUGUGCCACAUCUGCGCGACUUGGAGAGCUCUGAAGAGACUAAAUAUAAUUUGUGGCUCAAAGAAUUGGAAGACAUCGAUCUCAAGUCGGGCUUCAAACCCAUGAACCGCGAGGAUAAGCAGCAGCUUACCAUCCAAGGGGAAAGGGCAGCCACUGUGUCGCUAUACUUGGAUUCAUGGCUGGAAAAAUUGGCAAUACCUGGGUGUAAUAAAUCGGCAUUAAUCAGCUACAUGACUGCCCGUGAGCCUGAUCACGCCAUAACACCUCAGCAAAAGACUGACAUUCUGAACUCGCACCACCGAAUUCCAAACGCUGCGCCGGGAGCAAACAAAGCGGCGCAAAUGUUUACUGAUGCCUUCCAGCAUGUGUUUAAAACUAGUCAGCCGGCAUCAAAGCAAAUUGAUCUUCGCAGAGUCUUGAUGAUGGAUGAAGCUGUGGACAACAUCAUGGAUUCAAAGCCAAUCGCCAAGGAUGCCACCAGCCCACAGCUCGACGAGGAGGAUGAGGACGAGCUUGCAGAGUCUAACCUGGCUACGUACUGCAUCCUAGGUUGCCUGAUUUGUUUCAGUCACUCUUGCGACCACGGCGAGUACGACAAUAAGAACAUGAAGGGCACAUUUUCAAUAUCGUCUUGGUCUCACCUCUCUGACGCCCUGAGACGCAGACGCAACAACAUGGCAAAUGGCUCUGAAGGCGUCAUUAAACCCUGUCGACGACAGUGUUAUCGCAGAGACAGUCAUCAUGUACGCAUGCACGUGCACCCGCGAGAAUGGUCAGAAGAUGAGCGGAUCCUUCUGCGAUCAGUCUUUACAACUGCAAGCAACAGCACGUACAAGGGCGAUCCAAUCUGUCUGGCUGCUGAAUUCUUAAACCGGCAGUGCGAUGAAGUUCAUGUCGAGUUCAAGUCCAUGGGCAUCUCAGUGCCACAGCCGGAACCUCCUGAAGCACCACGGGUAAAGAAUCUGUCGUGGUACGAUCGCCGACGAAAAGUGCUUCUGGGAGACUGGCAAGACCACACGACCAGCCAUGCUCAUCAGCGACGGGAAAUCCUGGAACCUUGUUCUCACGAUGGGCCGUGUGUGGCAGGCGUAUGUACAUGUGUGGAUGCUGAUGUCCUCUGUGAGAAGUUUUGCGGGUGCACCGUGGAAAACUGCGCGUAUAAAUUUACUGGGUGUGGCUGCCAUUCGCAGGGAAGGACGUGUCUGGAUAGCAAGAAGGACAAGCCGUGCAUUUGUGUGCAGCUAAAUAGGGAAUGCGAUCCGCUGCUAUGUGGUAGCUGUGGUGCCUUGGAGCGAGCAGACCCGGCCAAUGCCAAUGACAAAGAGCUUCACGCGACGGGUUGUCAAAACUGCGAUUUGCAGAGAGGAGUUGGCAAGUCGUUGCUACUGGGUCAGAGCCAGCUUGACGGUGUUGGUUACGGUCUAUUUACGGCGGAGGAUAUCGCCCAGGAUGAGUUCAUCAUCGAAUACGUGGGUGAACUGAUUACGCACGACGAAGGUGUUCGACGUGAAGCCCGGCGAGGGGAUGUAUUCGACGAGGAGUCCAACGUUUCGUAUGUCUUUACCCUACUAGAGAACGAAGGUAUAUGGGUCGAUGCCGCGAUAUAUGGUAAUCUAAGCCGGUACAUCAACCACGCAUCUGAGCAUGACACGCACGGGUGCAACAUUACACCUCGGAUUCUGUAUGUGAACGGAGAAUAUCGGAUUAAGUUUACGGCUAUAAGAGAUAUCAAGGCAGGAGAGGAGCUUUUCUUCAACUACGGUGAAAACUUUCCCAACCUGACGAAGAAUCUCCUGGAUCACAAGGCGGCAGGCAAACCAGAAAGCAAGCCGAAGCCUGCAAAGUCACGUCGGCCUGAGAAGCCCGAAGCUAUUGCCCGCAAGGCCACAAAGGCAGAAACUAGCAAGCGACGUCCCGGCCGGCCGAGAGUGAAGCGAGACUUACCGCCUGGAUUUGCGCUCGAGACGCUGGAGGGGCCGGACAUUGAAGAAGCAACCACAUCACGCAAACGUAAGCGGCAUCAUCUUCAGGACGACAGCGACGACGAAAACUACGACGCUGUCACCGCCGACAAGACGAUGAACGGCGACGAGGGUGGGAGAAGCUCAGAGGACCCGGGCUCCGCGUCAAGACUACGGCGCAGGAUCAGGACGAGUACGGAAACACCAACAAAACGGGUCGAGCCGCCCAAGAAGACUCGGGGCAAGAGAGGUGGUGCGCGACCUGGCAGCGGGCGGCCUAGAAAGCACCCACGGCCAGUUGCGGUUCCCAAACCCACCGCAGCCUCGGAGUCCAAGCGUGAGGAACGGACACUAUUCGGCGACGCCCCAGAGGCCGGGCCAGCGUCAACGCGAGCACCACUUGAGCGAGAAGCAGAGCGAGCAACAGCGCGGACUGCCACUCCUGCUUCGGCCCCAGCAUUGGCAUCGGCAUCGGCAUCGGCAUCAGCAUCAAGACCAACUCCAAUCCCGACCCCAUCAUCUGCGAAGAUGACCGGUACGCCGGAGUCUAAACGGAUAACUAGAAGCUCAGACAAGAUGGAGAUGGAGAUUGCAGACAGCGAUGAUAAUAUGUCGACUACGGGACUUAGGAGCGGCGUGGCGAAGCGGGCGGAUGGGAUUUCGAACGUGCAUGGGGAGAGAGAAGAGGAUGACGACCAAGAUGUAUUGAUUCGACAGCGGAGUGAUAGAGCGUCAAGGACAAGACGGCCGCCGGCUAAGUUUAGGGAGGAUGAGUUUUGGAACUGA